AUGACUUGCAAAGUUGAAGGAUGUGUAGGAAGGUAUCAUAUAUUCCUACAUGAUAAUUCAAGUUUCAAUGAAGUUCAAGAAAAAGAUGAAGCCGUCCUUCAAGCCUGGGAUGAUCAAGUACCAGACGUUAUUGACAUCCGCUUUAAGGACUGGUUGGAAGAGCUUCGAUCAAUUCCUGAGAUUGUAGUUACAAGAUUCUACGAUGUAGAUUUAAGUAAGGAACUCCAACUUUACAUCUUUUGUGAUGCUAUCGAAGAAGAAUUUACAGCCGUGGUUUGCGUAGGAGGUCAUGCGAGAGGGAGCUUAAGUGUUUUAACCAUCGCAGGAAAAGGAAAAGUAGUAAGAGCCAAAGGAAUGCCAAUACCAAGAUUGGAACUCGAUGCUGCUGCUAAAAGAGCCAAGUUGAAGGCGUAUGUGGAAAAAGCUUUUAGACAAGAACUUAACUUUGCAAGCUCUUUUCUAUGGAUUGAUUCAAGAACUGUAAUGUGUUGGUUGACUUCACGAACGGAAGGAUUCAGCCAAUAUGUAACUAAUCGAGUAAACCUUCUACGUUGGACCAGUGGAAUUGGAUCAACACGGAGGAAAAUGUUGCCGAUGAUGCCACAUGCUUAA